AUGCCACGUAAGCUACGUAAGAAUAUACGUAAGAGGAAGAGAGCAUUGAAACAUCCAAUAGUAAAACUGACACCACAACAACAGUUGCAACAACAAAUGCUGAAUGACCCCACUAUGUUGCAACAAAUGUCAAGCAAUCCUAUGCUUUUAAACCGAGUUGUUGGUGCACAGAGUGGAGGUUUAAGAGCGGCACUUUUAGCGAAAAUGGCAGGCUAUGGUGGAGCUGCAGACGGAACAGCCUAUAACCCUCAAAGUCAAAUGAAUUUGAGUUCACUCAAAAAUCAAAUAACAGAUGUCAAAAAGUCAAACAUAGACAUACAGAAGCAAAUAAGUGAAAACGAAAAGAAACUAGAAUAUGACAGACACACAAAGAAACUCAAUGAGUUAAACGUAGAGAAAAAGAAGAAAGAAGAACAACUGAAAGAACUAAGUACAGAGGAAUAUGCGAAAAAAGUGUCAGAAAAAGCAGCAGAAGUAGCAAAAAUGGAACAAGAUGUCAUAAAUUUGAAAAACCAUACUACUCAAUAUAAAAUACUGAAAGAUGAAGAGAUAAAACAAAAAGCCCUGAAGACAUAUAUGGAUAGCGAUGAGUAUAAAAAAGAAGUUGAAGCAAAUGUAAAGGCAGAAAAACUUUUACAGUUGCAGAACCAAACCGUACAGUAUGAAAACUUAGCACAAGAAAGUAAAAAUAACGACGCAGCCAUGCAAAAGGCAAUGAAAAGCGCAGAAUAUAUAAAAGCUAACAAUGACUGGUUAGAUGCCCAAGCCAACGCUAAAGCAGCCCAGCUUAUAGGGUCAAUAAGGACAAAAAUACAAGCGGAUGAAGACAGUUCAAAUGAAGCUUUAACGAAUGCUGACUUUAAGAACGCCUUCGAAGCUCUUCAUAGUAAGGUGAAACUAGUGAACGACUUCUCAUCUGGAAAGAAACUGAAGUCUGAAGGUUUCGACAAAGAGUUAAAAGAAGUAGCACAAAAUAUGACGAAAAUAACAGAUGCAGCAACGAGACAGGCAGUUCAAAGUGCCUAUGACGCCGUUAGAGCAACUGUUGUGGAAAGUCAAGAAAAAGAGUUACAACAGACCAAAACAGACCUAGUAAAUGCUUUCUUAAAAACGAAAAGUCAGGUAGGACAUUACGCUGCAGAUGGAACAUAUGUGCCAGCUGGUGGAACUUAUAUACCACCAAACCCUCCAAGAGAAGCACCUGCACCAGGACUACCUAAAACAUUUACAUCGUCACAUGGACACAGACACAGGCAUGCACAACAACCAACACAACAACCAACAGUUCAAAACCCUGCACAACAACAACAACAACAACAACCAACACAACAACCAACAGUUCAAAAUCCAGCACAACCAUCAGUUCAAAACCCUGCACAACAACCACCUCCACAACCAGAGCAAGGACAUAAAAGAAGUAGAGAACAAGGAAACCAAGAAUUCUUAAAAAUGCUUAAAGAAGAGUGUGGUUUCCCAGAUACUGUUGACUUUAGUGACAGAUAUAAAGAAGCUAUUGGAAAGUUCAAGGAUGGAAAUACUGACCCGAACCUAUUUAGCUUUAUGGCUCAGCACCAAAACGGAUAUAAUCUCAAACCUGGAAAAUACAAGCUCGCUAAGGGAUAUGAUUUAAUAGCAUAUCAUCCAAAUGACAUGGAUGAAUUUACUCCGAGAUAUUUGAUGUCAGAGCUAAAUGACAAUUCAACUUUCGUCAUGAAACGCGUAAAAAAUAGAGACGGAACGAAAGAACAAAAGCUUAUGAAUGCGGAUGACGUAGAUAGGGAAAUUGUUAAAAACGGUCUCGGAAUAUAUGAAAUGCCAGCAGAUGAGGUACAAGAAACUCCACAGGAAGAAAUAGUUCAGAUACAACCAGACAUGGAAGAAAUAGUUCAGCAACAACAGCUAGAAGAGCCUGAAGGAAACGAACAAGUCACUCCUUUGGAAACUAACUUCACAGAACUAGAUGAAGAUUUGGAACAGCCGAAAAAUCUUGACCCUCAACAAGAGCAUGAGGUGAAUAUGGAAUCUUUCCAAGAGUCUAAGAAAGAUUCGGCUGACAUAGUAGAAGAAUAUCGAAAAAUGUUUGCCGACAUACAAAAGACUCCAGCACCAGAUGAAAAUAUUCAGCAUAGAAUGGAAGAACUGAAAAAAAAUGUA